CCCAGAACAGAAAACAAGACUCGGUAGAAAGCCGGAAGGGGGAAAAGAAGCAACCCAAUCCUAGGUCAAGCCGGCCACCCACACGCCACCCAAAUUCCCGGGUCCUUCUCACCUCCCCACCAGCCGACGGCGGCGACGACCGCGGCGGCUGUUCGAGUGGUAGCGACCGACGCGCACGCGCAUUCUCCCUCCCAUCCAAUCAGGCCCAGCGGAAGAGGAGGAGGACGAGGGCCGAGACGGGGGUAAGUCAACCAACCCUCCUCGUCGUUUGAUCGUGGGCACUCGCCACCACCGAUGCUGCGGCGCCGGCCAUGGCGUCGGCGCUGCUCUCGUACCUGAAGACCCUGUGGCCUCUCUCCGCCUUCCUGAGGGAGGAGGAGGACCUACGCGCGUCGGCGCGGUUGGUCGGGGCGCUCUCGGUCCCCGAGGAGACGAAGCAGUUCGUGCUCGCGCUCCGCGAGCCGGGAGGAUCGCCGGGAGACGGCGCCGUGAUCUACAUCCUCGCCGCGCAGAACCUCUCGGAGCAGUCCGCCUCGGACGCCGAGCGCCUGAUCAGGGAGGUGCGCCCGGGGGCCGUGGUGACCCAGGUCGCGCGCGCGGCCCUCGAUGACGUCCGGAUCGAGGAGGACUGCCUGGAUGGCGGCGGCGGCGGCGUGCCGGUACCGGCGUCACCGUUCCAGGUUAUCAAGAGGUGCGUAACGGAGAAGAGGAGCAAGGACCAGUACGUGAAGGCGGCCGCGUGCCAGGUCCUGCAGGAGAUCUUUGGGGUCGGGUUCUAUGGCCAUCUGCUGGCUGCCAAGAGAGCCGCAGAGGAGACCAAGUCGUGUUUUCUCUUGCUCGAGUCUCCAUAUGAGAGGAAUUGCAGCAGCAGCGAUGGAUCGGGCAGCCGAAACAAUGCUGGAGAUGAUAACUCAGCUCAGCAAUUACAGGGUAGCUGCUCGCUCACUCAUAACGCCAAGGACGAUAACUCAGGUGCGCAAUUGCAGACUAGCUGCUUGCUCCCCAAGAGUGCCACUUCAAUUUUAAGCUCCCAUGGUAGGAAUAUAUGCCUUCUGGAUGAUAAUGGAGGACAACUCAUGAAGUUGCUGGCUCCAACUCUCAAUUUCUUGAUGCCCCAAGCUAUCUCUUCCAAUGUUGCCACUGAGUGCAUCCCAUCUGAAUGCAAGCCGGCAGACAGAUACGAGGCUCCACCUUUUGCACAGUCUGUCUACCCUCUACUUGCCGAUCUUUAUUAUAUAUUUGUCGACAUUCCGUCGAUUGGGAGGGCUAUGGCUUCUGCUCAGAAGUUGCUUACUCAAGUUCACGAGGGGAAGCCAAUUAGCAGUGAAAUGUUAUCCGGCGUGUAUGUAUUUAGAAUUGCAAUAGAGGCCCUCAGAAUGGGUUUAAACAAUGCAGGAAGAUGCCACAUUGACACCAAGGAUAACCAUGAUUCAAAAAAGUUGGAUUUUUCAGAUCUCCAUUCUGAUGAGAAGUGUCACAUUCUUCUUGUGCAAGCUCUCAGAAGCCAAGUAAGAGAGUUUGGUUCUGUGGUGGCUAUAGUUGAUGCUAGCUGCUUAGCUGGAAUAAGGAGACACUGGAACACACCUGUUCCUUCAGAGAUUGCUCAAUUAGCUAGCAGAUGCUUUAGUCAUUAUGGUGAUGAAAAUAAUGGUGAUAAAAUUGAGCUACCUUCGUCUGACAGCACUGAUAAAAGAAAUUGGAUAUCUGAGAAACCUGUGGUCGCAGUUGGUGCAGGAGGUACAGCAAUUCUGGGAUUUUCGUCUUUGUCAAAAACUGUUCAUGCUUCUGCCUUCCUUAAGCUGGCUCCGUACAAAAGUCCAGUGAUUCUGAAGUAUGCCUUAAUGCAGCUGCAAAGACAUGCAGCUAUUGUACUAAGCAAGAUCCUCCCUCAUGGGGUUGUUAGUGCUGGUUCAAAGGCAUCUGCUUUACAGUUCACGGCUUCAGCAGAGAAGAUCCGAGCGGUGGCUCACACUGUAAUAUCAUCAGCUGAGAGAACUAGCUUGAUGGCUAUGCGGACUUCAUUUUAUGAAAUCAUGCAAAAGAGGCAUAAACAUCCUUUCAGGAUAACUCCUUGGGCAACAUUUGGCUGCAGCAUGGUUGCAUGCGCUGGCCUCGUGAUGCAUGGAGAUGGGAUCGAGUGUGCAGCAGAGGCGGCACCUUCCGUUCUCAUGAUUGCUUCUCUGGGCCGUGGCCUUGAGAGCUUACAUCUCACAUCCCAGGAAGUGAGACAAACAAAUGGCCAGAAUGUGAAAGAAGCUUUGCGAGCGUUGAUGAGCAACUUGAAGAAAUCAGCAAAAUAAAGAGGCAAUACUUUACAACUGGAACUGUAUAGAUUUUGGUCAUGCAAUUUUCAAGCAACACUGAAUUGUUAUGACUAUCAAGUGCAUUUUUCUUGUUU